AUGUUUGGGGCUCAGCAUGGAAUAGAGAAUCAAGAAAGCAUUCAGAAUAAACGAAUGAAAACAAUGAACACGAUGAAGAGAAAAAGCUCAGAUAUGCAAGAAUCGGAACAAAUAUCGGCUGAUAAUCAGCAGGAUACGGAUAAUAAUAGCAUUCUUGAUGCUACUGCAGCUGCAGUAGCUGCUAACAAUGCGUUUAAUAUGAAUCUGCUGAUGAACAUGCAUAUGAAUAACCUACAUUCAUUGAAUAAUGUGAACACAAAUCCAUCAUUCAUGGCAUACCAACAAAGAAAGCAAGAAAGAAGAGAAAAGGAGUCUCAAAAGAUACUACAGCAACAACGAGAACAGCAACAAAAACAGCAGCAGCAACAGCAGCAACUUCAACUGCAACAGUCUCAACAGCAGCAGCAGCAGCAACAGCAACAGCAACAACAACGGGAAAUACAGCAACAGCAGCAAAACAUAGAUGAUCAGAUGCGGGCAUCUAAUGAACAGCUUGGAAAUCGGUCAACUUCUAGUUCUCAGCAACAGUUACAUCAACAACUUCAUCAACAAUACUUUGGCGACAUGAUUAUAAGAUCUGGGAUAUUAGGUAAUAAUGACGCUGGUAUGAUGAUGUCUCAAAUGAACAUGGGUAGUUUUGGUGCCGAAAAUGGUAAUCAAAAUGGUAUGAACGAUACCCUAGGUUCGGGUAUAGAUAAUUCUAAUGUUGUAGGUAACAGGAAUUCAUCUGCUAUCGGACAAAACAUGCAAAAUAUGAUUGGUGAAAAUCAGGGUGGGAUAGGUCUUGGACAAAGUAGUGCUAAUGGCGAUUAUCAAAAGGAAAUUGGCGUAAACAAUGUUUUUAUCAAACAGGAAGAUAGUAACAGUAAUUUGUAUCAGUCCAGUAUGUCUCAGGCUAUAAAAAAUAGCGCAAUGAAUCAGGGGCAUAUAUCUCCAGGCAAUAAAGAUAUUGAUGAUGAUUCAAUGAAUAAUAAAUAUAAGAAUAUGAGGGAUUCGAUUAAUAACAAUCCUCAUUUAAUUCAUGACAAGAAUAUUCAGCAAAAUUUAUCACCUUUUUAUUCUCCAUUUGGGGUGGAUGUAUCUCAUCUUCCAAUGACAAGUCCGCCAAUUUUUCAAAAUGUGGGCUAUGGUGGUGAUGUGCAUCCUAGAAGAAGAAUUUCGAUUUCAAAUGGACAGAUCAGUCAGUUAGGGGAAGAUAUAGAAACGGUUGAAAAUCUAUAUAACACACAGCCUCCUCCGAUGCCUCAAAAUAGGUUUCAGCAAGCAGCCAAUAAUGGUAUUGGGGAGAAACCAAAGAAAAUACGCACAGACUCAACUAUCGAUACUGAAAAACAAGCACAGAUGAAUAUGUAUUUGGGUAGAAAUUCUGGUUUUCCACCGGAAAGCAACAAUUUCAAUGAUUAUAUGAUGUCAACAGAUUCUAUAUCUUCUUCAAACGAACAGAUGAUGGCUCAUUCUCAACCGCCUGAGACUAAUUUGUCUGUAUCAUUUAAUGCUGAUAAUCUUCGCUCUAAUACUACCGAUGUUGUUGGAGGAGAUACACAUAAGGCCAUUGGCCAAGUUAUCAAAUCACCGCCAUCUUUGUCGGCAUCUCCUCUCUCCUCGGUUAUGAAAAAUGAUUCGGGAACACAAAGACAUAGUACUGACUCUUUUACUAGAGGUGUCAAUCCAGGAACUCAAAUGCAAAAUGGCAAUAUUAACCAGAAACAGGGACAAUAUGAGCAGCAACAGGUCAGACAAAACUAUAACCAAAACACAUAUAGUAAUGAUGAGCCAUUACCAGGUACGACAGCCUGGAAAAAAGCAAGGCUUCUCGAAAGAAAUCGUAUUGCAGCUUCAAAAUGUCGACAAAGGAAAAAAGUUGCGCAGAUGCAGUUACAAAAGGAAUAUGACGAACUUCAUAAGGAAAAUAGUAUAAUAAAAAGGAAGCUACAAUAUUACGAAAAACUGGUAAGCAAAUUCAAAAAGUUUUCAGAAGCACAUAUAAGUAAGUGCGAUAAGCAUGAUAAGGAGUCAUUAAGAAUGAUAGAGGAAAUGUUGAUGAUUGAUUCCGAUAUAAAUGAGGUGAAUGAGUCGGGGUUAAUUGUUAGCAUGUCUGAACGCUAG